CUGAAAAUACUCCGCCCCCAAAGUGACACGCAAUCAGCUGUUUUAAAAUUGGAAAUGGUUCCUCGCAAAGUGUUUCACCCGACUAUCCGUGUGAUCUUCAUUUGAAGUUUCAUAGUUUUAGGUGCAAAUUGUUGAAUGGACCUCGCGAAAAUGGAUAUCGUUAAAGGUUGUGAUGUUGAUGUGCAUUAAUAAAAUACUUUUAUCCCAAACGAAACAAUACUAUGAAAUAUUAAUUUUUCCAAAUCACUGCCUACUAUUCAACGUUAUGGCCACCAUAAUGUAUCCUACACUGACAAAGUCUCAAAGUAUGAGAUCCAAGCGAAAAUCUGCCGUGGAACUCCUGGCAGAAAGCAAACCCUUUUAUGUGAAGUCUGAAAUUGUCCGGGACACUACUCAGGCUAUACCUUCAAGACCUAUUCCAAAUAUAUCUUCUGGUUAUGCUACAUACACACGAAGUAAAUCAGUAAAUGUCAGUGGUGGACCUCCUCAGGUUUUCUACAAGCCUAUCAAUUUUUCUCAAUAUAUGGCCGUUUCACCAUCUAGGUCCCUGCCUCCGAUAUCCCAUAGGCGGUCUGUGAACGCCGGUACGAGUGAUAUGCUUCAGAAUAAACUCAGGCAACUGCUGGUUUGCGACAGCGCGGAGGAGUUGAGCGUGGAGCAUAUCGCUCCUUUGAGUCCUCCCGCCGAAUACGCUCAGAGGUGUCACAAAAGUCUCCCCGAUUUGCACUACAGGACGGAACUGCAGGGUUCAAAUAAAAGUAGCAACAAGAGCUUGUCGAACAGGGACAGCGGAGGUUCCAGUGGUCACUAUACACAAAGAAGCGAGCCAGCUCCACAACUGAGACAGGAAUCUCGUAGGGACUCAGGUUCUAGUACGCAACAUAGUGGUGGGAGUUCCUAUUAUUGCUGCCAAGAACCAGAAUGUCGCAAUCGUCAGCAGCAGGUUUAUCCACCACCACCAGUCUUCAAACGCCAAAAAUGCCUACGUUAUAAGAGAGAUAGGCCUAUACUGCGUUCAAAAUCGGAUAUUAGUGACAGAUAUUGGAGACCGCCCGAACCUCCGACUAGCCACCUGGAGCAGUUCUUCGAGCAUCUGGGCCUGACCAGCGACUCCUACGAAGAGAUGCUGAGCGAUAGCAGAUCCUCGGACAGCCCUGUCUUUUUCUCUGACAUCUCCUCGGUCGACUCCAGCAGGCCGAUCGACAAUGUCGACUACUGCCCACAAGCGUUCAGGCCCAGUGAGCCCCCAUCGAUAGUCGAACGUAACGCGAGAAUUAUAAAAUGGCUGUGUAACUGUCGAAAGUCUCAACUGACGUGAGGAGGGGAGUGAGUA